AUGCCCAGCUUCAGUCGCCUGGGCAAGCACAGCAACCGUUCGCAGCACGCGGUUGCCGAGGCGUCGCCACAGCAGCAGCAACAGCAACUGCAGCAGCAGGCGGCCGGAGCGUCUACAAGAGCACCAGCAGCGCCGGCUGAGGCAGAUUUGCAGCUGCAAGACGCGACCCCUCAGUCAGCCUUGCGGACGAGUGCGCUCAGCUCGAGCGAGUCGUUUAACGUGCAACAGCAACAACAACAGCUUCAGCUCCAGCAACAGCAGCAGCAAUUGCAGCAACAACAGCAACAGCUCUCACAGCAGCAACCCGGAGCAUCAGCAUCAGCAUCAGCAGGUAGUAGUGCUGGUCCGGCGGCGCCUCAGCAGCAACUCCUGUUUCACACCGGCGUCGGCCCCUCGCCUGUGCAGAACCCCGCCGUCAUUGGCGUGCCAGCGCCCGCUUUUGAUGGCCGCCAGCAGCUCCAGCAGCUCCCACAGCACCAGCUGAAUCAACAGCCUCAACCGCAACCUCAACCUCAACUCCAGCUCCAGCAUCCCCAGCAGCCGCUGCCCCCUCAACCACAGCUGAGCACGGGCAAGCUGCAGAAGCAACAGCCGCCGCCUCAGCAGCAGCAGCAGCAGCAGCCCGGCGACUUUGCUGAGCCCGCCUCCGCCGUCCGCCAGAGUCAGCGCUACAGCACUUCGCUCCACCACCUCUUCAACGUCUCGCAGACGUCACUCAACGACCUGACGGGCCAUCACCAGGGCCAAGCCGCCGCAACUUCUGCCGCAGCCUCUCAAGCCUCGCAGACCUCGGCUCCCGAGAAGCGAUCUGCCCGCAAGAUCAUCAAGGGCAUCUUCUCCGGCCGCAACAAUCACGACAACCACCGCGACCAGCAGGGCCCCGCAGGAUCUCAGUCUUACGACAACACCAUAGGGCUCGCCCGCAGGCCAUCCAAGCGCAUCAGCCACAGCAACCCGCCCAACGUCAAGACGGGACUCUCGCCCACGCCAGACCGCGACUGGCACACGCCCAACUCGUCCAUCCACCAGACAUCGCCGCUGCAAGGAGUGGGCGAGGCCGACGAGUACGGCUACGACCACAACCAGGCCCAGCAGCUCCAGCACGACGGCCGCAUCGAUCCCCGCCUGGCCGUGCCGCCCAUCAACACCAUCCGUGAGGGGCUUGUCCACGACGAGAUACAGUCGCCCUACGACGAAUACCACCUCUCGCAGCAGCAGAUCCCGCCGCCGCCUCAGCUGCAGCAACCCCAGUCUGCUCACCCUCAGGUGCUUGCGUCUCAGGAAUCCCUGCAGCAGCAGCAGUUUGAAUUGCAGCAACAGCAACAACAGCAGUUUGAGUUGCAGAUUCAGCAGCAGCAGCAACAGCAGCUUCGAUACGAUCCCCAACAGGUUACCUACGAUCAGCAGCAGGGCCAUCCUCAGCAGCAGCAACUGCCACCACACACCCCCCAGCAGUAUUACACCGCCGGCUCACCGCAAGAUCAAUAUCAGCAGACAACAGACCCUCGCAUCGUUACCACGCAUCUUGGCCAACAACAGCUGCAUCAGCAGCAGAACCCAGAAACAAUCUCUCAGCUCUCGCGCGAGUCUCCAAUCCCCGACUCGGACCAGCGAUCGCUCAACCAACAGCUGGAGCAGCAGCCGUCGCCCGCCGUCCAUUACUCUGUGCCGGCGCAAGAAUCCGUCUCCAGCAUUACUCUGCCGCCCGUCCAGCCGACGAACCAGCAGCAGCUCUCGCAACCUGCCAUGGCACCGCCCGGAGGAGGCGCACCUACGAACCGUCGACCCGGAGACGCUGACAAGGCCCUUCCCGGCGCACCCCCUGGAUAUCGCCACCAACACACCAAUUCCAACAUGACCCCGCUGCCCGGCGCACCUCUCCAGCCCGGCCAACAGCCCGCUGGUGCUGGUGCUGCCGCUGGUGCUGCCGGCGCCGCUGCCGGUGCCGCUGCCCCCACAGGCGCUCCUCCGCGGUAUGAAUCGGCGACUGGCGAUCAAGGCCGGAAUAGUCCUCAGCCUUCGACCCACGAGCGCGACAAUGCCGAAUCGGAAAAGGCAUUUAAAGAAUUACUCACAAAGUACAAAAACGUAAAGCGUCUCUACUUUGAUGGAAAGUCCCAGAUUGAACAGCUCAAUGGCCAGAUUGAGCAUCUGCAGAAUGCCGUCGCCAACCAGCGCAUGUCACAGUCGCGGACCGCCCUCGACGACAACGAGUAUGUCAACAGGUUCAACCGGCUAAACGGCGCCAUCAACAACCUGUCUUUCAACAUCCGCAAGGACUGGCGACGCCUGCCCCAGUGGCUGGAGAAUUUUGUCAGCCCCGACGCCCUCAAGACUGGAAAGCAAGAGAUGACAGCGGUGGGCAGAGCCGUCAUCACCAAGUGGAUAGUAGACGAGGUCUUCAACAAGUGCUUCCACCCGGACCUGGAUGCCACCUUUAGCGCCCAGCUCAAGGAGAUUGAGCUUCACAUCCGAGGCAAUGCGUACACCAUGCACAGCCAGGAGGAGUUUGACGCGCUGACGACCAAGGUGGUCAACUGGCGGAUGGCGACGCUGGACGGGCUGCAGCACAAGCUCAGCUCGACGAUGGCGGCGGACAACCGCGCGGGGUUGAUAGCCAAGAUGACAACCAACCUGGCGGCGCACCUGUACCAGUUCCUGAUUGAGCCGCCGCCGGCCGGAGUCGAAGGCAGCACCUCGAUGAUUGUGGAGCUGGCCGUGGGCAUCGCUGCCAACUUGCCGCGGGAGAGCCGAGACGUGACCAUCAUGUACCCUCUGCCAGGAGACGUGAUGCAGGCCGGCUUCAUGGAGGUCGAAAAGGGUGGGUUGCCUUCUCUCGAUGGCCAGAAGGAGGGAGAGGCCAAGCCGGAUGCCGAAGCAGACAAGGACAAGAAUAGCAGCAGCGGAGAGUCUAGCAAGGCUGGAUUCCCCAAAGAUUCCGGCCGCGUGCGAUUUGCAGGGUUUGUGGCUAUCGAAGUAAGAGGGCGACAGGUGUUGAUGAAGGCACCGGUAUGGACAUUGUAGAGGGGAAUUGGGCGGUGACAAGAGUGCAUCAUUGCAAUGAGGGCGAAAUGACACCCCUUUAUUUCCCCUCGAUGGUUUUUCUUUCUUUCUUCUUUUUCUUAUUAUCUUCUUCUUUUCUACGGAGGCUGGCACCAAUGACCUAAAUGGAUAUCUCCAUCUUACUUAUGUUGUUCCUCUUCCUCCUCUUUCUUCUCUAAUCUGUCUCUUGUACUCGUUGGGGUGCUGAUGUUGGGAGAGACUUAUCUCGUCUGUUUACUUUAGUAGUUAUGGAUUGUAUGACGAUUGACUCGGCUGGAUGGCAUGAAGGAGGAGAAGCGAGGCUGGGGCUUUUUGUAAAUAGACUUGGGGGCCGUCUGAAAAAGACUAGACGGACGGCCCGAGAGGCUAUUAGAGUAGAUGAUGAGAGACGACUGCUACGCUACGCAAUUGUCAUGUUGUCGAGAUGGGCGCGGUGGUGAAGCGAUUGUUGCAUGACUACCUAUACCGGUCUCUGGCUUGCAUGAUGCAAUGUCUUCUGAUAUUG